ACCUGGGACCCUUUAAUAGGCCGACACUGAGCAAAACUGGCUAUGGCUAGUUUUUUAAAUACCCUGCAUUCCUAGUAGCUAUGAUCCUGGCUGACUUAAUUUAAUCAAGAAUUUUUAAAAGCGAAAUACGAGAAUUUGAAAUCGGGACCAUUCACGUUCCUGUUUUCCCUUGAGCACCCUGGACAAUUUCUAGAUUCUACUAGUUUAGUUAGCACAGGCUGGAGGGCGAAGAGAUACCCGACUUCACUUUGCAGGCUUGAGAUUACUAACGGGAUAGGCGGGGAAUCCUCCGAGGACCCUCAGCCCUCCAACCCCUCGGGGUUCUUCUGAUGGGAGACCCGUGAGCUGGGUGGGCGUGGAGAUCAUUCGGGAGAGGAGAGACGCUUAAAUCUGGGCCGCUUGGAAAAGGCCUUUUUGAGGCACCCUGCCCAGCUCAAGGGAAUCGCGCCAUAGUGCCCCUCCCGAAGGGUGGCACCUGGACACGCAUUUUCCUGCGUUGCCAACCUGCCACGCAGGGCUUUCAGGUCCCUGGUUGUCUGGACCUGACCCUCUAGCUCCUUCGCCUUCUUCCGCCCUCAGGUUUGGCGAAUCUGCAGCACGCACCCCGGGAGGUGAGAGCGUGUACCAGAUGCCCGGUGGGUGGCAGCCCGCACGCCGUAGUGAGUGCGGGUGUGGUCUACGCCACGUACAUCUACGUGGAUCUACGACUCUGGCUGCGCGCCCCCUCCCGCCCCCACAAGGGCCACACCUGCCAAGACUCAGGACCGCUGCUCCAGCGUGCGGGCGCGCAGGAGGGAAGGAAACGGGGACUGGAGAUGGAGAGGGGGAAGGUGAAGAAGAAAGACAAGGGAAAGGAGCCGGAAAAAGGAAAGGAGGAAAAAGAGAAAAGGAAGGAGGUGGAGAAGGAGAAAGCUAAGGAUAAAGAAAAGGAGAAGGGAAAAGGGAAGGAGGAGAAGAGCAGAAGUAACGAGGAGGAAAAGAGAAAAGAGCGGGAGAGAGAGAAAGAGAAGGAGCAACUGAAGGGCAAAGAGGACGACAACAGAGUCUUAGGAAAGGCCCUGCUGGAGCCGCCGGAGAAAAAUAAUCAUAUCCUAGUGUUGGGCCUCGAUGGAGCAGGAAAGACCAGUGUUCUCUACUCUCUAGCUUUAAACAGAGUCCAGCACAGCAAGGCACCCACCCAAGGUUUCAAUGAAGUGUGCAUCAGCACUGAACACAGCCAGAUGGAGUUUCUGGAGAUUGGUGGCAGUGAACCUUUCCGUUCCUAUUGGGAAGUGUAUGUGUCCAGGGGAAUGCUGCUGAUCUUUGUGGUGGACUCAGCAGAUCACAGCAGGUUACCUGAAGCCAAGAAAUACCUUCAUCGGCUAAUUAAAAUAAACCCCAUCAUCCCUCUGGUUGUGUUUGCAAACAAACAGGAUCUUAAAGCAGCCUAUCACAUUACAGACAUCCACGAAGCUUUGGCAUUAUCUGACGUGGGAAAUAACAGGACGAUGUUCUUGUUUGGGACCCAAGUGACAGAGAAUGGCUCAGAGAUACCGUCCACCAUGCAAGAUGCCAAAGACCUGAUUGCACACCUGGCUGCACAUACGCAGUGACUAGGCGAGGCCCACCGUGGCUCACGACCUAGAAGUCACCAGGGAGUGUUGCAUGGCGGGCUUGAAGCCAAAGGUUUCCACUUUUAAAUAAAAAAUAACCCAUUUCCUAUUUUCUCAAUGCAUGGCAUAUAUACAAAGAUAAUGUUAAUUGAUUAAAAGCAUCUCUUUAUUUCGAUUUUGAACUUUAAAAGUAUUGGUAGCGCAAUGUAUUUGGGGGAAUUUGGAGUUUUAAGCAACAAAAUUAAAAUGAACAUUAGCAAACAUA